AAGUUAAAAGGACAGCUGGCACACAACAGCUGGUUAAUUCGCCUUUGAAACCAGUUACAACAACAGCUCUACGUGUAAAAUAGGUCUUCUGAGUAAAUGUUAAUACACUAUUUCUUUUUUAAUCGCUUGUGGCAGCAAACUAUUCAUGCUAGCAGAUAGUGUUAGCGAUAUUAACGUUAUACGAAUUGUUCUAUGACUGUUAGCGAGACAAACUCCCCGGUGCUGGUAUUUUCAAGAGCUGUACCGCUAACGUUAAUGUUAGCCGCCUGUCCUCUGAGUAAAGUUAUUAACGCCACCUUUACGACAGAUGGCCAUCACUAAACAUUUUACUAGGUGACAGAUGGAGAAGUUUCUAAGUUCCCCCUUCACCAAGAAUGGAAGUAUCCAGGAGAAGAGUCCUCCAAAAACAUCUGGAGCCUGCGAGACCCUUGCGCCGCUCCAACCAUAUUGACCAAGAGCCCAACAGACAUGCUGACACAUGUGCACAGGAACUGAUGGAGAUAGAAAACCAAGAGAGAAAUAUAGGUGUAGAGGAGUUCUGCAAGAUUGUGCACCUCCACAUGCAGAAAGAAGCAUUGAGCAAGCACUCCAUCCAGAGAAGCCUGGACUCAUCAAGGAAAGAUCAUUUAUCCCUUUGGUAUAAAACCUCCUCAGACAGGCCAGGGAGAAUUUCCUACACACGGGAUGUUUUAAUUCAGCUGGCGAGUUCUCCUGUGGCCAAGCAGAAGCCAGAAUUCUUGCCAGAGCAUCCCAUAGUGCUGUCCAAGGCAAGAGAUCCGGAGCUCCUGAUGCUGCAGGAAAUGACAAUCAAUGAAAGACCAAGGACAUGUAUGUCAGGUGAAUUGGAGAUGCUAAAGUGAAUGUGUCUGUCUGUGUGUCUGUCUGCCCUGUGAGGGACUGGCGACCUGUCCAGGGUGUCUCCCUGCCUCCUGCCCAGUGAGUGCUGGGACAGGCUCCAGCAUCCUGCAAAAAGGAUUAGGAUGAGUGACUUGGAAAAUGAAUGAAUGAAUGAAAAAGAUAAUUACUACAUGCCUUUCUGCUGUGGUGUGAAAAAUUCAUUUAAAAAAAAUUUGUUGGAUAAUUUCAGCUAUUUGGAGUAAUGUAAAAUAAAAAAAACCUAGCUUUACUGAUGUAAAGAGGGUAGUAUUGAUGAUUGUUACCAGCUGUACAUAUGAUUUUUUCACCUCAAGAACAACAACUUGCAAUUUGGUCUCUUUAUGUUUCCUUUUCUGCAGGUGAAAUGGUACUACAAGAUUGACUCCAAGCCAAGUUCUGAACUUAACUUGUUGCUUUCUUAACAAGAAAAUGUUUCCUAAUUUCAUAUUUCAAAGCAUACAUUGCUAAAAAUGAUUUACAUCCUAAUAUUGAACAGCACCUUCAUGGAUUUUCUGGUUUUCCCUUCCUGAAAUGUCUUUGAUGUGCAGUGAACAGCGGUGAUCCAAAUGUUUUCCCGCUGCAAGUAUUUUCUUGGCGUUAACCAUACACUACACAAGACCUCUUUAGUGUGCUGAAGGAACCCAACGUUAAGAACAGAGUUCCAACAAUGGAAAAAUCUUUUAUGCUGGAACAGAAAAAGAAGUGUUUGUACAGUCAGCAGAAUUUGUAUGGGCUCUGAAGUAAAUUUAAUUUAAAUGCA